UCAAAGCGAGAGCCUCGCCGACAUUCAGGCUCACAAGUUUUGUUGUCAACCGUCGGACCCAACCUGAACAUACUUUGAUCAAGAGAAACUACUUGUUUUGACCAGCCGAAAGGACUUCCAACAUGUACAAGUUGGUCAUCUGAUACAGGGGUUUUGGCUAAGGCAGAGUGAUAGAGUUCGGCAAACGAGGGCAAUGCGGUUUCGACUAUCCUACGUUGGAGUCACCCUGCUCCUGGUAGCGUGCACUGUUACCAUCACACUGAUUGGACGGAAAUCCAUUUGGCUGGCUAUCUCAGAUCCUCCCAGCAGCCGUCUGGAGACAAGGAGCAUACAUAUAAAUGCCGGGUGUAGUUGCGACGACUCUGAAACGGCACGGAAAAACGAAAGGACUUCAAGAGACAUGAAAGCUGACAUCAUCCGCCUGAUAAACACAGUCUUAAAGGACUCACUGGAAAGGAACAGCUCAUCAGAUAAAUCACAAUCCCCAACGAAGCUCGACAUCGUGGGGAAAGGUUCAAACGACAGCUCUAUAGAUCUCGUCGAAGCUAUGCGUACCUUUAAAGGGACGUGGAGGGAAAAUAAAGUGCUUUCCAGACAGAUGAAGCAUGAGCUGGCGGAGUGUUGUGACGUCGAGUCGUCCGUCAUGACCAAACGGAACGUCAGAGUGGGAGACGUGCUACCAAACGUGCUCAACCCAAAACUACCUCUGAAAAUAACCAGGGACAUCUACAGUGUCUUACCCAAGGAAUCUCCUUUCAUGAAUAAGCAUUACCAGAGGUGUGCAGUGGUGGGGAACAGCGGGAUACUGCAGAGAAGUCGCUGUGGGGCAUCCAUCGACAGUGCGGACGCAGUAUUCAGGUGUAACUUGCCACCAUUGGGAAAACAAAUCUACAGGAAGGAUGCUGGGAUAAAGUUGACCUUAACAACGGCCCCCCUAUCCAUGCUGAAAUCGUACGCACAAAUGAAGGACAAGUCUGUGAAAGAGAGGUUUCUAAAGGACAUGGAGCCAUACCAGGGAAUACUGUCACUUAAGAAACCCAACAAUUAUACCAACUACAUGAUCCAAGCUUUAGAAGGUGCCAUGAAAGGCAGACUCUGUGCAGUUUAUGAACAUCCUCAUCACUUCCUGAGUGUUAAUAACUACUGGAACAAUCAUGGAAUUCCCAGAAAAAUUACAUCAGGUAUCUACAUGAUCAGCAUGGCCCUGACUCUCUGUGAUGAUAUCCAUGUUUAUGGCUUCUGGCCCUUUCCCACUGAUGACAAGGGAAACAAGGUGCUCUACCAUUACUACAAGGCACCGAUCUUCAUCAAGGACACCCACGACAUGCCCUUGGAGUUCCUUUUGAUAAAACAGAUGCACCAAGACGGAAUCAUUAAAGUUCACAUGCACUGUGCACAAACUAUUGGUCAGUCUAAGCAACAUCCAAUUGGUAAGAAACAAGUAAGGCCCCGGCUCUGAGGAGUUGCCAAUAACAUUAUCCGUCAUUGUUGUACUGGGAAUUUUUGUACUACAUGUAUCUCAUGAAGAUUGUCUUUCAGGUACAGUUGUUGCUAAAAGUUUGUAUCUUUUAAUUGGAUUUACUUAAUUUCACUAUCAGAUCUGGAUUAAGAACAAAAAUGGCAAGGCAAAUUCAAAAUUAAAUGUUUCAAAUGCACAAAUUCAGAGUAAAAAAAAGUAACCCACGCUUGUUGUAUCUUUAUUUCAUUUAUGCAAACUGGCAAAACCUAUUUCACAAAAAGGAAUGAUGUCUCUCACAAAUCAUAUUAAACCAACAAAAAGGGACAAAUCUAUCACAAAAUCAUUUGAUGACAUAUGUUCCAUUUCUGCUUUAAAACUUUACAACUGUUACAUCAGUUUUUUUCACUAGAACACACGAGAGACAUUUUUAUUUGGAGCUUGACAGUAUUAGUGUCUAAUACCCAACUCUUUGAAAGUCUGAAAUAGUUUCAUGUACCUGUACUGGGCAUAAAGCCAUCUAGGUCUGGUGGCUGUCACUUAAAGUACAAGUAACAUCAGCUGUUGGUCAAAUGGGCCAUUUUAACUAUUUUCACCUCUUCUGUUGCUAUUGGUGGCCACAAUUACAUACCACAAGUCCAGUAAUCCAGCUAUAUGGCAAGGCACUGUGUCUUCAGAAGGAAAUUUCUCUUUCCAACUGCACAAUACAAUAUCCACCACACCACCCACCACCUUGAAGUUCACAUUUCAAUACAGUGCAUGGAAUAUAUAAAUUGUAUGUGGAUGGUGCCAGAACCAAUACAGUGUAUAGAUGCAUAGUCACUCACAUUGCAUUUCUUGUACACAUUCAAAAUCACUGCAGUUGGUACUGAACAAUCUCUGAACUGAACAUUCAAGUACUGUGGCUUGCCAUGCUUACUGCCCUGUUUGAAAAGUUUUACAGUUAAAUCUGGAGAAUUUGUAGUCCAACCAUUAUCUACUAGUAUAAUGCUUCAAGGUAAUUUGAAAGGCUCCCAAUUACAAUCAAUGUUUCCAACCAUCAACGUUCUAGUAUACAUGUAAAAUACAUGUAUGAGGAAUUUUGUUUAGGGAGUGGAUGGGGUGGGUGUAAAAGAAAUGUAAAAUGCCCAUGCUCAGAUAAUCUAUGAUGUACAUCACUUUA